AUGGAGCUGAAAACUUUGGACGAGCCUGCGGAGCUUUCGGAGGACGAUCUUUCGAGCGCUCUCUUGAAGAAGAUCUCGCUUAGUGAGAGGAGGAAUAACAGCUUGCAAGAGAGGAUACGAGAGUUGGAGAAAGAACUAGUUAGAGUCAAGAAAACCUCUUUGAUUUCACGCAACAAUCAAUGGCUUUACUUCUGCAAUGUUUGCAGGAGGAAGACAAACCAAGCGAACCUUAGGAUUCACUUUGCAGAAUGGAAAGAGACGACCAUAGUCUCUGUAUCAUUCGUGAGAAUCAUCUUCCUGCAAGAGAGGUUUCACAAGCUCAAGGUCCUGUACAAGCACUUCUUUCACUGGUUUCUCCUCUCCUCUCAGAGCUCGUCAAAUCAUCACUUUGAGCCGUGGGAGGCACAGGAAGGACUUCCACAUCCUCCUUCCCCGCAACCACCAGCACAAACUCACGCAGUCGAUUCAGACACCGCCUCGAGCAUUGCAGAUGCCAAUGAGUCGAAGGAGAGGUCGAGAUGGGAAGAACUGAACACUUCGAGAACUUCAUUGGAGAAGAAGCCAAGAGCAGGGCUGGCAAAACUUUGGGGGAUGGAGACUGCCAACACAACAGAAUUUAUGUAA